UAUAUUUAUUCUGUUCAUCUAUUUUUAGCGGCCACGGCUGGCGUUCUUUUGUCAAGGCGAACUGUUCUUCAGGCUGGGUUUUAUGGGUUCGCCGCUAGAUGUGGCAACGAUGUUCUUGAUUUUCAUUGCGUAUAUACGGUCCGGUCACAGUGUGGUUCGUUUGCGAUUUGGCUUUGGGAGUCAUCAUCUCUUACGGACUCUCAGGCGCAAAGCUGCGACUUCCGUUUCUGCGCGGCGUACGACGACCUCUUUUCCUCUCGGACUUACAGCGUGUCCAAAGCGACAGUGUCGAUGAUGAUAUCCCCAAGUUUAUCUUUUUUUUUUUUUUUUUUUUUUUUUUUUUU